UUGAUUAUACGGUGCUUAAAUUUUUUCGCAAGGAAAUUCUCCAAAAAUAGUAUUAAUUUUCAGUCCCGGUUCUAUAAAUCUCGCUCGAUAUCGCCACAAAUCCACUGUCGCAAACCACCGGAGCAGUCGUUCCUUACCCGAAAACAAUCGCUUCCGGUCAAUAUACAACCCGGGAAAGUCAGCGAUUUCGUCUGGUAUCAUGAAAUGGGCAUACAUAAUCCGGGUACACCAGAAGGUCGUAGAGCAAGUCAAACGACAAUUAUCGAUAUGCGGGAAAAAAGCACUGCCAUUAGCGGUGGUGGUGGUACCACGACACAUAAUAAUUUUUCGGAUACGGAUAUCACGCAGUCGGAGAAGAGAACGAUUAACCUGCUGUCGAUGGAUGGAGUAACGAUCACCGUCGACAUGGACGUUAUCACGCAAUCAAAAACCAUCAAAAAUAUGCUGACUGGUACAUAA